AUGUUAGGAAAUGUAAAUGAAACUGAGGCAAGUGGGGCAGAGCCUAUGGUAAGUCCGGACAAUGAACAAGAGCAAACACCAAUAGCUGUCCAUCUAGAAGAAGAAGGAGCUGAAUUACCUACGGAACAGCACACCGAACAGUCAGCUGACACAGACAACGAACCAGAACAAGAAGCGAAAGAUGGCGAACAAUCGCUGGAACCAAUUGAGGCUGAAAAAGAAGAGAUUGGAAACCGAAAUGACCAACAAUCAUUGGAACCAAGUAAACUAGAAACUGAAGAAACUUCAAAACCCCCGGAAGAACAUGAACCUGCAUCAAGAAGCUCAUCAAAGACAAGGUCUAGAUCAAUUACAAAUAAGCCAAAUUAUAAGUUAGAUACCGAAGGCCUAGCUAUAGAUGAUGAUGACAUUAAUGAUCCGGAUGCAAGGGAGGAAGAUUACAAUGAAGAUGAAGAUGAUGAACUCGAGGUCUCUUCUAGGGUCACGAGGAAACGUAAAUUAGAAAGCGAUGAAGAUGACGAAGAUGAAGAAGAAGAAGAAGAAGAAGAAGAUAAUGCUGAAGACGACAAUGAUGAAGAGAAACAUGAAAGAAGUAAUUCCAUAACGGCAAUAAAAUCCGACAAAAAUCUCAAGAAAUCUGUAUCGUCAAUUCCUGUUGAUGACGAGGGAAAUCCAUUACCUGUUAUCAAUGAAGAGUAUGCAUUGCCAGAUGAUCCAGAGGGUGAAGCAAAAAUUACUAGAAAUGGUGACCUAUUGGGUGGUAGACAAUUUCUAAUCAGAACCUUCACGUUGACAUCGAGAGGAGAACGUAAAUUCAUGUUAGCUACUGAAUGUGCUCGAUCUGUUGGGUUUAGAGAUUCCUACUUAUUCUUUCAAUACAAUAAAAGUAUUUAUAAGUUUGUUCUUUUACAAUCUGAUAAGAACGAUUUGAUUGAUCGUGGUUUGAUACCCUAUUCUUAUAGGAAUAGACAGAUUGCCCUAGUGAGUGCGAGAGGUGUCUUUAAAGUCUUUGGAGCCAAGAUUAUACGAAAUGGUAGAAAUAUUACAGAUGAUUAUUAUUCGACAAAAUUACGUCAAGAAGGUUCCGUUGUGGAGGGGACACUUGCAAGAGAACCAAAAGUUCCUAAGAAAGUUACCGCAAGAGGUAGAGAGGGAAUUGAAUUGAUUGAUGACACCGCAGCUAAAAAUCCAGCUAAAAAUGCAGUAGAAUUUUUCCAAAGAAGAGCCCAAGCCCAUAUGACAGGGACCAAUGUAGUAGCCACAGCGGGUGAUCAAUUAAAUGCAACGAAUUGGUUGUAUCAACAUGCAGCUGCAUGUAGUAGAUUUAAUAGCGACAUGUAUUACGAUCGUGUACGUUUAUUGUUAAUGGAGCGUCAAGGCUUGAGAGAUCCUUAUACCAAUGUCUUACAUAUCCCAGAAUCUACGCAAUCUUCUAAAGUAAUAGGAUUUUAUAAGAAAAUAGAUGGUAAUGAUAAUGCUUCAUCUAGUAUUGUUUAUGAAACUAGAAUCGAAGAUCCGGAUCUAACGAGACAAAGGUCAGGACUUCUAGAUGUGUCUCCAGCAAUUUAUGAAGGUGUUGUUUCAGAUGAUAUUAAAGAAGCAAUUUUGAAGCAACAAGAAUUUGAAAGAAAUUUAUAG